AUGGCCGGCUCGGAGGUCGAUGUCGUAGUGAUAGGUGCAGGAUUGAGUGGACUUUAUGCUGCCAAGAUUCUCGAAGAAAAUGGGCUGACAGUGAGCGUUGUGGAAGCUAGAGAUCGCGUCGGAGGACGAACCUGCACCAUAAAGGGAGACAACAAUGGCUAUACUGAUGUAGGUGCAGCAUAUGUCGGCCCGACACAAGACAUUGUCAAAAACCUCGCCAAAGAGCUAGGACUAGAACUUACCAAUGUAUAUGAAGUAGGAAAAACAAUCAUGAACUAUAAGAGUAUUUGGGCAACAUUUGGUGGGGUUGUUCCUCCUUAUUGGAAUCCGUUCAAACUAUUGGACCUGAACAAUAUCAUCAGGACAAUAGACCGCAUGGCUAAACAGGUGCCCCGAAAUGCUCCGUGGAUGGCCCAGAAAGCUGCUGAAUGGGACAGCAUGACAGUAAAGGAAUUCAUUGACAGAAAUUGUUGGACAAAUGCUGCAUCAGAUAUCCUACUGUUUGUUCGAUCGACGCUGACAUCCGAGCCGCAUGAAGUCUCUUUCCUCUUCUUCCUGUGGUUUGUUCAUUCUGGAGGAGGUGUGAUGAGAUUAGCAUCUGUCAAGGAUGGAGCACAAGAACAGAAGAUUAUUGGCGGAACACAACAGUUAUCAGAAGGCAUGACCAAAAAGCUAAAAGGCACCGUCCAUCUGUCCUGUCCAGUGGUCAGUGUUGACCAAACCAAGGAAAAAGUGCUGGUCAAAGAUGUUCAUGGACAUGAAUACCAGGGAAAAUAUGUGGUGAGCUCAGUUCCUCACGCGUUGUUGAACAGAAUCACUUUCUAUCCACCUCUCCCUGACCUCAAGCUUCAACUCAUACAGAGGAUGCCCAUGGGAUCCAUCAUCAAGACAUUCAUGUUUUACGACAAACCUUUCUGGAGGGAACAAAAUUACAAUGGAAUGAUAACAUCAGAUUUUGGACCUGUAGCAUUCUGUCUGGAUGACACAAAACCUGACGGAUCUCAUCCAUGCAUUAUGGGAUUUGUGUUGGCAGACAAAUCUCGAGAUCUUGUGGAAAUGUCGGAGUCGGAAAGAAAGAACAUUUUGUGCCAGUAUUAUGCAAAAGCCUUCAAAAUGGAUGUAUUCUUACAGCCCAUUGACUACAUUGAGAAGAACUGGAUGGCGGAGGAAUUCUCCGGAGGAUGUUAUUUGGGAGUAAUGCCUCCUGGAGUACUUACAAAGUAUGGCAGAAUGCUGCGGAAACCUCUAGGUCAUGUCCAUUUUGCUGGGACAGAAACAGCUACCGAGUGGAUGGGGUACAUGGAUGGAGCUCUUCAAUCUGGUGAACGGGCAGCUCGUGAGAUUUUAGACAAACUUGCCAUACAAUGGUCAGAGACAGGGAUUUCCAGCACGAUGAAGACUAUUACAGCCCCAUCAUUGUCCAAAAGAUUUCUGCCGUCAAUCAACGCCAUUUUGUAUGUGUCUACAGGUGUAGCCUUCGGCUACCUGGCUUACCUCAUCUACCCAAUGUUCUUUGGAUGGCGUUGGAAAGUCACCUCAUAUGCCUUUGAUAAGAUGUUUAGUUAAAAGAUGGAAUUGUGAUCAUUUUAAUUGAUGUUUACUUAAAGACAAUUCUCCAGGGUCAUUGAACCAUAACACAUUUGUCUAACAAUAAGCCCAGGGGACAAACGUAAUAAAAAGUCUGACUCAGUUGGUGGACUAACAGCUAUUCCACCCCUGGAUACCAGGUUUUGAUUGAUAAUUUGGUGGACACUACACUAUGCCACCCCUGGGUACCAGAUGGCCAAGUGAGCAAUUGGCAUACCUCAGUAUCCAUUGUCUGUGCGUCCAUUUAUCCAUCGUCCGUCCGUUAACUUUUUCGACAAUAUGCUACUAGUCGUGAACAACUCUGCCAUUUUUGACCAUAUCUUGUGCAUUAUUGGGGGAAGGGAACAAAAUUGUGUAAGCGAUUGGUCUUGACCCCUUGAGGCGGAAGGGGCGGGACCCAAUAGUAGAAAUAGAGCAAGUUCGUUAAAAUCCUACUUCUAAUGAAGGAAUGAUCAGAUUUUGCCCAAAUUUUGGUGUGGAGCAUUCUUGGAUGAUGGGUUAUCAAUUUUUUAUGAAUAUUGGGUUUCAGCCCCCUUGAACUGAAGGGGCUUGGCCCAAUAGGGCAAAUUGUCCAUAUUAGAUCUGAAGAAAAUUUUAUGUUUGGCCACAGGAUGUGGACCCAAUAGGGAAAUUAUUUUAGCAAUAGUUUGUCAUAUUUGAAAUUCUUUGUAAAAUGGCUGAAUACUUUAAUUAGCCAGUGGAGUGAUGCAGGCCCCUUUGGCCUCUUUGUCCAGUUCAUGAUGUUAUGCAAAUUUCAUAGGAAAUUAUAAUUAAUUUCUGACAUACAGCCAAAGAUAUCAUUAUUAUUGCAUUCUUAACGGCCUAUCAACACAUAAAAGGUCAUUAGGGCCAUCAACGGGUGAAAUCACUCCACGUUUUAUACACUCGUGAAAUAUACACAAAAAUGCUAUGUGGAAGAAUUGAUUGGAUAACAAGCAGAUGUGAUAAAUCAAUACAGUAUUUAAUCGGUGAUAUUGUCCACUAUAUUCUGUUUUCUGUUAUGUGCAAUUUGUGUACGAUGCUAAGAAAUAUAUCUUUAAAUACUCCAUCACACUGCAAGUUAGACCGUAACAGUAUGUAUACAUAUAUUGGUGAGGAGCUUUAAGGCUUCAUGUGUAAAUCAAUGGAUUUUUCAUCUGUAGUGUAGAUUGACAUUUUCAUCCUAGAAAUAUUGAAGGAGUCAUGACUGGACAGUCUAUGGAGUCGUACAACACUGAAACUGCUAAGUGUUCUGUUGGCUUCAUUCCUCCGGGAAGUUCGACCGAACUUCACGUACACAUUUAUAAAGGACCAUGAUAUCUCAGACUAGCUCGAGUUUGAGGGUUACUGUUACCAUAUUUAGAAAAUCUAUGUCGCUCUUGUGGUGUCAUUCCUCGAGGGAUAUCAUACAAACACGCAAUACAUAAAGAACAAGUUGGAGGAGCAUCCUCAGGGAAAGAGUAAUUUCAGUACAGAUAUUGACCAUCUGGGUUUUUUUCACAAAGCAACGGUGUAAACAAUGCAGUAAUUGUUUUUAGAAUAGAUGCAAUGACUUUUCUUUAUUCUAAAGCUUGCUGUUACCAAAAAAUAGCUUUAUUAUCAUGACUUUGGGAAAAUUUUAACGUGGUCCUUGAUGCCAAAAUAAAAGCCUGGGACAGGUUUGUGUUAUUGUAUUAUCAAAUUGUAUCCACACAUGUUGUGGGUCAGAGAUAUAUUGCAGGCAAUAAGGUUGUUCAUUUGAAUAUCUUGACUCUAGGCUCAUGGUUAUUGAGAAGAAGUUUGCUCAUUUACAAAGCUGAUAAAAGACAGAUGACAGAAUUUCCAACAAGAUGUCAGCUUAAUUGCCUUUUUGUGUAUUGUGGGUAUUUUUGCCGUCUUUUUGCUGACCAUUUCUGGGGGUUGCAUUGUUUUGUUGUAGAAGUUUGUUAACAUUGAUAUGUAUGAACAUAUGUUUAAAGCCACAUCAAUUUCAAAAGUAGUUCUUUUGGAAAUUUUGAAAAAAUUAAGAUGAGAGGGUGGAUUUUUCAUUGAAUUUUAUUUCUUUUCUAGUUUUGGUCAAUUUCAGUACAAUCAGAAGUAGACUUUACCAACCCAUUGAUUUACUGCCUGGUACACACAGUUGAUAUUUACAAUGGAUUUGCUUCUGGGUGAUAUUCUUUGUACUGGGAACAUUCAAACACACAUUUUAAUUCUUGCAUAUGGUAAAUAUUUUGCUUGAAAAUGAUACCUAUUUUUCUCUGUACAGUGUUUGUAUGGUGUUUCAAAGUACUGGUAGUUCACACCAGGUAAAUUCAAUUAUUGUUGGAAUUUAUAAGUUGAUUAGUAAAACAAAACAAAAAAACUCCAAAGUAACAUAUGGCAUGAAAAAUAAAUUCAUGAAUUCACUUUAAAUACUUAAUUUAUUCAAAACCAUAUCAGCUGGUAAAAUUUGGACCCUAUAUAGCAAGCAUGGGAACAAGACAUUCCUUAGGACUUCAGUCAUGUUAGCAUAGCAUAUGUAUAACCAAUUUCUAAACUAUUCAUGUUGUUUUGUAUAUCAUUAUCAAAAGACAGGAUAAAAAGAAGAGACAAAGAAAGAAAUUGACCACAAACCCGUGAUAAGUAGUUUAUACAGCUCCAUGUCAAUUUACACUUGUAACAAGUGACAAGAAAAUACCAACAUGUCAACAUAAUUCAAACUCAAAUUCAAUAAAACUGGGAGAAAAUAUGAACAAAAGAAUGAUUUACACAGAGACUCCUGAAAACGUACAAGGAGAAUAAGACCAGGUGUUCCAGAAGAGUAAGCAUCUUCUGCUUCAUUGACAACACCCACCUAGUAAACCUAGGUCAGUUUGAUUUGUGUUCACUUUCCUGGCAAUUCAAGUAUCUAUGCAUCUAAAAGUUGCGAUGUGUAAACUUAAAAUCAAACAAGGAAAAAUUCAACAAUUUUGAUAUUUUUUGAGGAGCAGUUAUUUCUUUUUUUUCUUUUCGUUUUUUCUCACAGCAGUAAUUCCCUAAGGACUAUUUUUCAAAUUGAUGUGGCUUAAUGCAAAGAUUGAUGCUUUUGUGUAUUUGAUUUUUGAUAAAAAAAAUACAUAUUGAAUAUCUUUAUUGUUUCUGUUUACUUUAAUGAUACUUUGUAAAUAUAUAUUUUUAAAGAGAUCUUUUUUAUUUUGCUACAUUGGUGUUUUAAUGGGAUUGAAGACUGAAGACUCAGCAUUACAAUUACAACCACACAGAAAACUACAAACUUUCAUCUUUACAAGACUACAUAGACAGGUGAAAAGUUGGAAUGAUAGUGUAAUGAUACAUGACCUCAAAACAAAUCUGUUUUGGUGUUUUACAAAGAAAUGGUCUAUACGACCUCAGAUUUUGUUGUCCGAUUCUGAAAUCAAAAUUUAUACUUAACACAAUUUUAUUGAUGUCACUAGUCCAUUUUUUUAUCUCAUUUGAAAGCAACAUUCCUUUGUUAUGUAUUAUCCAUUGGUCAAAAAUACAUAGGAUUUUCUUAAUGAAAACUUGUUGGGUUGUCAAAUACAUUGUAUCAUAAUCCCUUAUCAUAUAUGAUGCAAGCUGGUCCUCUCACCAUAUCUUGGAUACCCUUGGCUUGAAUAAGAUGUUGCGGUCUGCUGGGUUUUGAUAACAUUCUGAUUUGGUAUUGUAACUUUGUCAGUCAGGUUACAAUUCCGUCCAUGCUUGUCUCCUGUCGGACACUACAACACAGGAAAGACCAUAUAACUUUCGUAUCUGUCUGUUCUUUGAUAAAAAUAUUUUGUAAAACUUAAAAUUAGUUUUUUUUUGUCUUUUUUUUUUUUUAAAUUUACUUUCGUAUUUUUGAAGCCAAUCAAACCAGAAUCAUCUUUUUCUAAUUCACAAAUUCUCUUUCAUAUUCAACUUUCAU